ACCACUCGCCUCCGCUUCGCCGCCGGCCGCGCCGCCCCCAACCACCACCCCACCCACCCACCCACCCACGCGCCGCCGCGGCUGCGGCUGCGGCCGCCGGGAGACGCGGGCGGCGGAGGUUGCCGGGCGAGAGGCAGGCGAGCGAGCGAGCUGCUGCUGGGUUUGGAAUCGGGAGGAGAUGAGCGGCGCGGCGCUGUGCGCGGCGCUGACGGAGCUGGGGUUCGACGGGGAGGACCCGCUGGACGCGGACGCGCUCGAGUGGCCGUUCCAGUACGAGGAGGCGCGGCCCCUCCUCGCCUGGAUCUGCUCCUGCCUCCGCCCCUCCAACGUCCUCUCCCCCUCCCACCUCGCGCAGUAUGAGCAACUUGUGGAAGAGGGUAGGCUGCUAGAGGGUGAGGAUUUGGACUCUGCUUUUGAUAGUAUUUCAGCCUUUUCAAGCAAGAAAGAUAAUCAAGAGGCUGUAUUUGGAUCAGAAGAAACAAUCCUUGAUAUCCGAGAAGAAAAACUAGCAUACAGAGCUGAGGUUUUUGAAUUACAGAAGCAGCUUGCGCGGCAACAAGCACAGUUUGAUUUGCUUGCAGGGCAAGCUUCUACUCUUAUCCAAGGCAGACGGGCACGUGUAACUGCCAUGUCUGCAGUUAGUGGACAACUUAUAUCAUUGGAUGAACAACUUUCUUCUAGAAACUUAGAGAUGAAUGCAGUUCUCGGAAGAAUCACUGCUACUACCCAGGAAUUGGCCCAUUAUCAUUCAGGAGAUGAUGAAAGUAUAUACUUAGCAUAUUCAGACUUCCACCCUUAUGUUGUUGGAGACUUGGCUUGUACAAAGGAGCUGAACCGCUGGUUCUCGAAGCAAUUUGAGAAGGGGCCAUUUCGACUUGUUGCUGAGGAAGGGAAGUCCAAAUGUUCCUGGGUUAGUCUUGACGACAUCACCAAUGGCUUGAUAAGAGGAGAUUCUGAAAAAUCACAUCAUCACCAGCGUGUGGCUGAAUUGCAACGACUUCGUUCAAUAUUUGCUACAAGUGAAAGACAGUGGAUUGAGGCACAAGUUGAAAAUGCUAAACAACAGGCCAUACUCUCGAUUUUAAAAUCACAAGUGUCAUCUGACGAGGCUCAUAUACAUAGGGAUAUUCAUUCUCUUAGGAGAAAAGGUUCUGAGCUUGCUGGAGAACUCUCGACUCUUUCUCAAAAAGUACAGGCUUUUGUAUCUGAGACUAUACCAUGCCUCUGCUCAGAACUCGCUCAACUUCAAGGCACAUAUAUUUUGCAAGGGGACUACGAUUUAAAGGUCAUGCGCCAGGAAUACUACAUUAACAGGCAAAAAACGUUCAUCAGUCACUUGGCUAAUCAGCUAGCCAGACACCAGUUUCUGAAGAUUGCUUGCCAGCUUGAAAGGAAAAACAUAGCUAGCGCCUAUUCACUGCUUAGAGUAAUAGAAUCCGAGUUGCAAAGCUACCUAUCAGCUGUCAAUACCCGUUUGGGCCAUUGUACUUCAUUAAUUCAAGCUGCGACCGAGGUGCGUGAGCAAGGUGCAAUUGAUGACCGUGACACUCUCCUCCAUGCCGUACGGGAUCUCUUAUGUGUUCACUCAAAUGUCCAAGCAACAAUGCCAACAUACAUGUCAGCGCAUGCCUUGGUUCAGCAGAUAUCAGCCCUUCAAUCUGAUUUGCUUUCUCUUCAGUCUGAACUUGAAAGUGCUCUGCCAGCCGAUCGCAAAAGAUGUAUCAAUGAACUAUGCACCCUAAUUCAAACAGUGGAACAACUUCUAUUUGCAUCAUCGACGACUGCAGAACCAAUAUUGACACCUUGGCCUCUGAUGCGAGCACUCGAUGAUAUGGAAAAUGCCAACGCACAAGUUGAAGUUUCUGUGGAAGAAGUAACGAAGGCUCGCACCCAAAAGAUAAAGAUCUUUGAGAAUCGCGCUCAUGAAGUUGGGAGGGAGAGGCAAGUGUUCGUCGAUUUCUUCAGCAACCCCGAGCGACUCAAGAAUCAAGUCAGAGAGCUUACCUCCCGUGUGAAAGCUCUCCAGGAAUAAAUAGAUAGAUAGAUAUCCCUCGUCUAGUUUGCAUUUGUGUGCCAGGUCGUCCCGCGAAAUGGGAAGCAACAGCCAAGCUCGCAAUGAUGCUGUUGCUUGCAAAGUUUCCCUUCCUCCAAUGCGAAGUUUGGGGGAACCAUCGGUUAGUUUGUUGGAUGUUGAGGUGCACAGCUGCUGUUGUUAUAUUUUGGGGAUGCAGUCGUGAUUGUUGUAAAGUAACCACGAGCCCGUUUCGUCGUCUGAUUGAUAUUCAGGCUAGAUGGUGGUUGUACAUUUGUGUACUGGUGUUGGGAGACUCGAAAACUAGCAUUGCUUAGUGUGUAUAUUAGAUUGAUCUUCAAUUAUUUGAACACUGCUAAUGAGCCCUAUAUUAGAUUGAUCUUCAAUUAAA